CUUGAAUGCAGCUGUAAACUUCCUUGAGGAGCAGUCGCUGCUAGCUCUUUAGCUAGUCGCUUUACGAUUAAAAUAAUGGAUUAAAUCACAAAUAACUUCAAACGUAUGACUACCUAGCUUAAAUCCGCGGUGUUUCCAAAUCACUGACACCCAAAAGCUAACGCUGUUAGCUAGCUAACGUCAGCUACAACUUAGCAAUCACUCGCUUCGAGCAGCAAUCAUGAUGGCGUCCAGCUACAACGCCAAAGACGAGGAUGGACACAUCACUGUAUCCGGACCUGGCGGCUCGACUCUGCGGAGCAAGAAGCCUGAGAACACCGCGUUUAAACAGCAAAGACUUCCAGCAUGGCAGCCCAUCCUCACAGCGGGCACCGUUCUCCCUGCCUUCUUCAUCAUCGGCCUCAUCUUCAUCCCCAUCGGCAUCGGCCUGUAUGUCACCUCCAACAACAUCAAGGAGUUUGAGAUUGAUUACACAGGAGUUGACAUGUCCAGUCCCUGCUUCAACUGCUCCCAGAACUUCAGCUGGAACAGCACAAGGCCUUGUACCUGCACGAUACCCUUCUACCUGGAGCAGCCCUAUGAAAGCAAUGUCUUCAUGUAUUACGGCCUCUCCAACUUCUACCAGAAUCACCGUCGCUACGUGAAGUCAAGAGACGACAGCCAGCUGAAUGGAGACAUGGACUCUCUCAUGAGACCCAGCAAGGAGUGUGAGCCGUAUGCUUUUCACGAAAACAAGCCAAUUGCACCGUGUGGGGCCAUCGCUAACAGCAUGUUUAAUGACACACUGGAGCUGUUUUACAACGACCCCAACGGCACAAAGAUCCCGAUUCCUCUGACGACCACAGGAAUCGCCUGGUGGACAGACAAACAUGUGAAGUUCAGGAACCCUGGAGGCAACAACCCGAACCUCACAGCUGUUUUUCAAGGAACAACGAAGCCGGUGAACUGGCGCCGGCCCGUGUACGAGCUGGAUGCUGAUCCAGAGAACGACGGCUUCAUCAACGAGGACUUCAUCGUGUGGAUGAGAACCGCCGCCCUGCCAACCUUCCGCAAGCUCUACCGCAUCAUCCAGAAGAAGAACAACAUAGUUCCUACUCUGCCCAGAGGGAACUACACUCUGGAAGUGGUCUACAAUUAUCCCGUCCGCAGCUUCGAGGGCAGGAAGCGAAUGAUCCUGAGCACCAUCUCCUGGAUGGGAGGCAAGAACCCGUUCCUGGGCAUCGCCUACAUCACCGUGGGCUCCGUCUGCUUCUUCCUGGGCGUCGUCCUGUUGAUCAUCCACCACAAGUACGGCAACCGCAACAACAGCGCCGACAUCUCCAACUGAGACACGACGUCCUGCGCUCCAGCUCACCUCUGCUGCAGCAAACAGUGAUCCUGUGACACGUCUGUGAGGGUUAAUCCAGAGGACAGAGCAGAUGCAUUAUAAAAAUGGACAUAAAGUAACUUCUUCAACCAUCAAACGUGAGUUUUAGUGUUUUAAAUUUUGAACAGUGGUCGAUUAUUUGGCAAAGUGAGAGGAAAAGAAGCCUGAAAUCGACAGCCAUAGUCAAGAUGAAAGAAAAAUGAGAAACAUCCUGUGGAGGUCAGACAGUUACACACAAACUACACUGUUUGCCAAAACAUACAUCAUUCAACUCAACAAACAGUUGUUGGGUUAUAAAAGUCAGUCAACAGACAGUCAUGUUGCCAAAGUGCUAUCAGCAGAAACACUAAUCAUAGCCCAACCAAGGGAAAAACAAGAAAAUCUGCUUAGGAAUGAGUCUGGAUAUUGUAGGAUCUCUGACAGUGCGGUUGCGGUGAGCUGGACUGUUGCAUGCUGGUUAGCCAAGAUGCUGAUCUGAUCACCGAGCUGCUCUAGCAGCUCAUCUUUGUGCCUCGUUUCGUCUGUAACGUUGUCCUGCUUUCAGACUGAAUCUGUGCUUUUGUGAGUCGUCGCACUUUAAAACGUGCCGAAUGAAUCCCACACCAGAGGGAACACAACAUGUUCGCAGUUUGGAAGCUGUACAGAAAACAUGUUUAUUUUUUUGUAUUUAUUUUCGGGGGGUUUUAUUAAAUGUUUGCAUCGUAAAGCCAGUAUUUGCACGCCAGACCUCAGGGCUUUGAGUCUAAAGUGGGUUUAAAGGUGGAUGGAGCUGUGUGUUGUGAGUGUGUAAAUAUUAACCAGAAAAAGGUGCAUUGACUCGAUGUCGUCGCUUCAUUCCUUGUCGUUCACAUGCAGUAAUAAUAGAUUAUCAGUACAGCAUGACCGAACAGUAACGCAGUGUCAGUACAUGUGAUUAAAUGUGUUUGCCACUUAACAUUCACGCUGCACAGAGUGAAUAAACGUUUUACAGCCACAUUCUGCCAUUUUCAGCUGAUCCAAGCUGAAGCUGCAGCCAAAUACGUGUUGAAUAGAUGCUGCAUGUUGAAAUGUGAUGAGUAAAAAUGUGUUUUGUUUUGGUUUUUUUUUUUACCAUAUUUUAUUGAGAUAAACUGAGAGAAGCACUGGAUUUGUUUUCGAUACUCCACCUGUGUUGUGUUGUUGCUUUAAAAGAAUAAAUUUGUCAUUUAAAAACA